AUGGGCGACGCCACAAACGAGACCUUUGAGGUGACCCUCCAACGCCAGGGCCCGUACCCGGCGCAGCGGCACGGUUUCUCCUGCCAAGCCACGCACGAGGCCGUCUUGGCUCGGGCGAUCCAAUUACAUGAGGAGCAUUUGGCACAACGAGAGGUGGACCCGAGCAGCGUGGUGCUCCGCUUCCGCGACCAGGAUGGCCAGCUGCUGACCAUCCAUGAUGAUCUGAACCUCGUGCGUGCCAUGGAGGAGGCUCGAGACUCCCAAGGUUUGGUGCAACUGGACUUCCUUCUUCAGGCGAAGCAGCUGGGGUGGCACCUCAGGCGAGGCAGCAGCGGCAGUGCCGCAGUUGCCAGCAGCGCUUUGGAUGCAGCGGCGAGUGAGGGAGUAGGAGAGGUGACGGAGUACUGGAAGGCCACGAAGUCCAAAACCUUUGUGCAGUGGUCCUAACCACAAAGUCUUACACUCAUUGAGUCAUGACAGGCAUUGGUCCAUCACUUUGGACCUCGACCACAAUGCUUGCCAGCGGGGUCCAUCUUUGUAGCGCGCGAAGCAGGGGAUCCUGGUGGGGGAUCCUGUCUUCCAGGUGUCAAGACUCAUAGUGGGGAAGCCCUU